AACAAAUACAUCUGUGAUCAUUUGCUGAUUUCGAUAUGGUGUAUCAAGACUGAUUUUACACGCGUGUGUUAAUCAGCGCUUUCUAAGGUCUCACCUUGGACGUGUAGUGUUUCGUUAAUAAAUACGUCAUAAAGUGUAAAUGCGCAGGGCUGAAAUUCUUUCUGUACGCCCACUAACACCUGCACUGCAGCACGACUAUCUGUGAAUACAAUAAAUACGUGAGCCCAAGGAGGUAUUAUGCACCAUGGAGCACCUGAAUGUAGCUGGCGGCUACUUUAUAUCAGCAAAUGUUAAUAAUCGCUGAUGUAUUGGUGAAACAGACGGCAGUUUGUUACAGAAAAUGAGUAACUCCCUUUUGUCGCAAGAAAGUUGGUCUGGACGUCUCUACACUGCUGCUGAUAUUGCGAUUAUUGGUGCUGGGCUGUCGGGUUUGACAGCAGCAUAUAGGAUUUUAAAGAAGGACCCAAGUCUGCGUGUAAUUGUGCUAGAAGCGAAGGAUGAUGUCGGGGGACGGACGCAGACAGUGCUACUAAAAGUUGCUGGUGGAGGCAAAGAACCAUUUGAUGUUGGUGGCCAAUGGGUUGACUCUGGACAGGAUGAUAUAAUGCUGUUACUGGAUGAGUUAGAAAUAACUAGCUUCCCACAAUACAGAGAUGGAAAAAAAGUUUUUGAAUUUGGAGCACAUUUGAAAACAGAAGACAAUUGUUUUAUACCUGCCUGUUCGUGGUACUGUCGUUUUCAACUGAACAGCUUUGUACGUAAGGUAGAGAAUAUAAUGAAAAGAAUCAACUGGAAUGAGCCAUUAGAAGAUCCUUAUGUUAAAGAAUUAGACAGCAUGACGCUGGAAACUUUUCUCAACUGCCAUCUUCAAACACAAUUAGCUGUUGGUAUCAUGAAAUCAUUCAUUCAGACUUGCAUAGGGGCUGAAUCUUCUCAGAUUUCGGCAUUAUAUUUUAUAUCAUUUGUAAAUGGAAAACAAGGAUUUAUAAACAAGCUGAAACUGAUAUUCCCAGGGGAUGACACCCAAAGAAUUAUGAAUGGUGCACAUUAUAUAUCAAUGAGGCUUGCUGAGGAAAUUGGAGAUUCUUUGGAACUGGGUGAUAACGUUAUAGAAGUAGUUCAGCUUGAUGAAACAGUUGACAUUAUGACAGCAAGUCAAAAAUUAUAUCGGUGUCAAUAUGCUAUAAUGGCAAUACCACCAAGUGAGGUACAGAAAAUAUAUUUCAUGCCACCUUUGCCAGCUCAACACAAAAAGCUCUUAGAUCACUUUCCUGCUGGCCAUAUGAUAAAAUUUGUGGCAACCUACAAUGAGGCUUUUUGGCGUGAGAAAGAAUUGUCGGGUGAAGCAGUAAGUGAUGGUGGAUUAGAUCCAGCAGAGUUUCCGAUAAGCAUGACGUAUGACCUGACCACUCCUGGGGGUCAUCCAGCAAUUGGGGGCCACAUAACUGGCAGCCAAAUGGACUCCUUUAUACUUAGGAGUGCUGACAAACGAAAGCAGUUGGUAUUACAUCAUCUUUUGAAACUGUUUGGAGAGGAAGCUUUAAGACCUAUCGAUUAUGUAGAAAAAAACUGGUGUGAAGAAUUAUACAUUGGUGGAUGCCCAAUUCAAUACCUUACUCCUGGUGUUAUGUCAUGCAAACAUUUCAUGAGGCAACCCUUUAUAAGGGUGUACUGGGCUGGAACAGAGGCUGCUGUAUCAUGGUUCGGAUACAUGAAUGGUGCCGUGCAGGCUGGGAAUGUGGCAGCAUUGGAGACUUUAUAUCAACUAAGACCACAGUGUCUCACGGCUCUUGACCUGAUACAAGUUCACAGAUGCUUUCCAGUAACAAGACCACCAUCUGGAAUCCCCUGGUGGCUACUAUGGGUAUCACUGGGCCUUAUUGGAGUUGCCUACAUUGCUUAUCGCAUGUACAAACGAUAA